AUGGCGGACAACCCGGACCCCGGGGAUCCCGGGGGCCGGGUGGGGGGCGGCCUUGACAGCGACGUGACGGGAGCCUUCGGGGGUGAAGGGGGGGUAAGCACAGUAGCAGCUGGUGGGUCGCUCCACCUAUUGACCGGUCACAAAAGACGGGGGGGGGCUGAGAGUGCGCUCCAGAGCCCACGCAUUCGUCGCCUCCACCACGAAGACCUUCUGUGCCUCUUUGGCAAACCAGCCAAGAGACAGUGUUGUGAAGCAGGCCGUUCGAUUUCAGUACUGACAUGCGGCCAACCUCUCGAAGACCCUCCCAACACCGGGUCUGACGGCGAUUACCCUGUACCUUCGGCCAUCAUCGGAGAAAGGGGGGGAGCAACAACCGAAAAGGGUCCAGUCGACGAGGCGGCGGUUGUACCACGGGUGGCAUCGGAGGUAGCGAGGGCAGCCUGGGAGGAACACCGUAGGCGCUUGCAACAACAGCAUGACACUCGCAGACGCUGCCUACCUGUGAGGGCAAUGUUGCACGGCGCCGGCUCGGCCGACGCCGCAAUCCCCCCGGUCGUGCCACGUCUCGCAUGGCGGCAGGAGCGGAGGCGCCGGAGUGCGGCGGGGAAAGACAGGCAGCAGGAGCCACUAGUGGGGGGUCAGCGUGACCCGCAGGUGGGCGGGCAGCAGGGGGCCCGGGAGAGGAGCCGGCAGCCGCCGCAGGAGCUGCCGAGCGGAGGGCAGCGGCAGCUGCCGAGUGGAGGGCAGCGGCAGCUGCAGAGCGGAGGGCAGCAGGAGCUGCAGAGCGAAGGGCAGCAGGAGCUGCAGAGCGGAGGGCAGCAGCAGCUGCAGAGCGGAGGGCAGCAGCAGCUGCAGAGCGGAGGGCAGCAGCAGCUGCCGAGCGGAGGGCAGCGGGAGCUGCAGAGCGGAGGGCAGCAGCAGCUGCAGAGCGGAGGGCAGCAAGAGCCGCAGGAGCAGCAGAGCGGAGGGCAACAGCAGCUGCCGAGCGGAGGGCAGCAGCAGCUGCAGAGCGGAGGGCAGCAGGAGCUGCCGAGCGGAGGGCAGCGGCAGCUGCCGAGUGGAGGGCAGCGGCAGCUGCAGAGCGGAGGGCAGCAGGAGCUGCAGAGCGAAGGGCAGCAGGAGCUGCAGAGCGGAGGGCAGCAGCAGCUGCGGAGCGGAGGGCAGCAAGAGCCGCAGGAGCUGCAGAGCGGAGGGCAACAGCAGCUGCCGAGCGGAGGGCAGCAGCAGCUGCAGAGCGGAGGGCAGCAGGAGCUGCCGAGCGGAGGGCAGCGGCAGCUGCCGAGUGGAGGGCAGCGGCAGCUGCAGAGCGGAGGGCAGCAGGAGCUGCAGAGCGAAGGGCAGCAGGAGCUGCAGAGCGGAGGGCAGCAGCAGCUGCAGAGCGGAGGGCAGCAGCAGCUGCAGAGCGGAGGGCAGCAGCAGCUGCCGAGCGGAGGGCAGCGGGAGCUGCAGAGCGGAGGGCAGCAGCAGCUGCAGAGCGGAGGGCAGCAAGAGCCGGUUUGGGUGUUGGAUGUGGAGAUGGCGGACGAGGCUUGCACCGAUGAGCUGGAAUCAAGCCCCAUGGAGGGGGAGAAUGCCAACCCUGAUUCCCCGGACCAAGCAGAAAGGCCCCGAGCGCGGGGCCGGGGCCGGAGGCGACGGGCAACCAAACUGCAGCAGCUGCAGAGCGGAGGGCAGCAGCAGCUGCCGAGCGGAGGGCAGCAGCAGCUGCAGAGCGGAGGGCAGCAGCAGCUGCCGAGCGGAGGGCAGCAGCAGCUGCAGAGCGGAGGGCAGCAGCAGCUGCCGAGCGGAGGGCAGCAGCAGCUGCAGAGCGGAGGGCAGCAGCAGCUGCCGAGCGGAGGGCAGCAGCAGCUGCAGAGCGGAGGGCAGCAGCAGCUGCCGAGCGGAGGGCAGCAGCAGCUGCCGAGCGGAGGGCAGCAGCAGCUGCAGAGCGGAGGGCAGCAGGAGCUGCAGAGCGGAGGGCAGCAGGAUCUGCAGAGCGGAGGGCAGCAGGAGCUGCAGAGCGGAGGGCAGCAGGUGCUGCAGAGCGGAGGGCAGCAGGAGCAGCAGAGUGGAGGGCAACAGCAGCUGCCGAGCGGAGGGCAGCAGCAGCUGCAGAGUGGAGGGCAGCAGGAGCUGCCGAGCGGAGGGCAGCGGCAGCUGCCGAGUGGAGGGCAGCGGCAGCUGCAGAGCGGAGGGCAGCAGGAGCUGCAGAGCGAAGGGCAGCAGGAGCUGCAGAGCGGAGGGCAGCAGCAGCUGCAGAGCGGAGGGCAGCAGCAGCUGCAGAGCGGAGGGCAGCAGCAGCUGCCGAGCGGAGGGCAGCGGGAGCUGCAGAGCGGAGGGCAGCAGCAGCUGCGGAGCGGAGGGCAGCAAGAGCCGUGGAGGGCAGCGGCAGCUGCAGAGCGGAGGGCAGCAGGAGCUGCAGAGCGAAGGGCAGCAGGAGCUGCAGAGCGGAGGGCAGCAGUAGCUGCAGAGCGGAGGGCAGCAGCAGCUGCAGAGCGGAGGGCAGCAGCAGCUGCCGAGCGGAGGGCAGCGGGAGCUGCAGAGCGGAGGGCAGCAGCAGCUGCAGAGCGGAGGGCAGCAAGAGCCGGUUUGGGUGUUGGAUGUGGAGAUGGCGGACGAGGCUUGCACCGAUGA